AUGCCUUUUAUAAAGAUAAACUCUAAUAAUUAUUUAACGAAUUGUGCGUUUUUUAAAAGCCUGCAAGAAACAGGCGGCAAUGAUAAAGUCUUAAGCUCAUUAGAGUAUUACUUUAAGACCAGUCUCAUUCCUCUGCAGCACGCCAGAUAA